AUGUACCUCCACGAGCUCUUUUCUAGUCCUAUUCCAUCUUCUGUACCUGUAUCUGCUUGUGAAAUUAUGCUCUACUUGCGUAUAGUCAUUACCUAUGAUUUUCUCAUAGAUGCUUGUUCUUCUUCCUCCUACACCAAAUCAGAUAAAACUCUCCAAGACAUUGUCUACAAGUUAGUGCCAGGCCUUUUCAAAAGUAAAUGAAUGAAAAGAAGAAGAGACUUUUAUGCUGCUCAUCCCUCUGCUGAAGCUGCCAAUGGCUCUAAUGAAGACAGAGGAGAAGGCGACGAAGACAAAAGGAUUAUAACAGAUGAGGAGAUCAUAAGCCUAUCCAUCGAGUUCUUGACCAAAACAGGCAAUGAACGGAAAGGAAAUAAAGAAAAAGAGAAAUCCAAAGAGGAGGUGAAUGACAAAAGAUAUUUGCGCUGCCCAGCAGCAAUGACUGUAAUGCACUUGAGGAAAUUUCUCCGGAGCAAAAUGGACAUACCCAAUACUUUCCAGAUCGACGUCAUGUAUGAAGAGGAGCCUUUGAAGGACUACUACACUCUGAUGGACAUUGCCUACAUUUACACUUGGAGAAGGAACGGCCCCCUCCCUUUGAAGUACCGGGUGCGGCCUACUUGCAAGAGGAUGAAGCUUGGCGGCCACCAUGGCUUGAACCACAGCGGAGACCUGGAAAGUGACUCUGGGAGCGAGAAGGCCAGCAGCCCUGCCAGAGGGACCCCUUCGACCUCCUCCUGCCUGCUCAGCCCCAGCACCUCUGUGCAGUCUCCACACCCACAGUUCCCCCACAUCUCUAGCACUAUGAAUGGCACCAGUGGCGGGCCCACCAGCAACCACCACCACGCCUUCGGCAGCAGGGCCCGCAAGGCCUCCGUCAAUGGCUCCUCUGCCACUUCUGGCUGACCCAGCAGACCCAGCAGGACAACCACCGAAUGUGUGUGUCUCUCUAUCUCUCAAGACUCAACAGUCCCACCAUUUCUCUAGAGCGCUCUCUCUAUCCUGCUCUUGUGUCUUCUUCUCUCUCUACAUGCCAUUAAGCUUCAUAGAUGCUAAUCCCAGCUGUGGCAGUCCUCCAGACUAUUUUCCAAAGGAGUGAUACCUGAACGUUUCUGCACAAACACACACAGAGACACACCUUUUACCUGCAACACCCCUUUGGAUAUUGUUUAAAGCGGUGAGACUUCGAGGUUGGAUGCUUCCUGUGAACUCAGGAUUGAAAACCAAACAAGUGUGUUUCUUCUUAAGGACCUGGAGCACCCAGAUAAACUGAGGAGGAGGAAAAAGAAGAAGGGUGGUUUUGUUUUGUUUUUUCCUCCCCAUCCUCAUCCUGUUUCCUGAUUUGGAUUUGGGACAUGGAUGCAGCUCAACCAUGGGAUCUAGUUUUGCUAAGCCAGACUGACUUCCUACAUUUACACUUCUCUUGGAGGGUUUCUUUGCUGUUUUGUGAACUUGUGAAAGCAAGUGGAUUCUUCCUCCAUCUGCCUCCCAUCCUGCGAAGCAUCAACAGGACCGGAUUUAAUAUGCAUAUAUGGACUAUGCAUAUAGGUAGCCAUGUCACUGUGAAUAACAAAUGUCUUGCUUUAUUUUGAUUUUUUUCCCCUUCUUAUGUUGCAUCUGUUUAAUAACUGCAGCUGCAGAGGGAGAUAAAGAAGAGGGAAAAGGGGGGAGGAAGAAAAGGAAAAAGGGGAGGAAAUAAGAAGAAAGAGAGGAAAUAAAUACAGGUUCAUUUUUUACAAGUAUUGCUGCCGUUUGUUUAAAAGAAAAAAUGAAAAAAAAUACACAUUUUUGGUAAGAAUCAGAUGGCUUUUUCUCCUCUCCUCCUUUGCAUUUGCUGAUAACGAUGCCGUAUUGAUCUUUGACAAAACAAGGAAGCAGUAUUGUAUGAUAUAUUUAUAAAUACUAUAAAGAAAAAUAUUAUGUGGCUAAAUUUCCAGACUGGUUGGACUCCUUGGAGCUCCUUUGAAGGCCGAAGGGCCAGAAGAGCAAGCUCCAGUCGCCCUUUAACCUGGAAGCAAUUGGCAAUCUCCAAAAGGAUUUCUUUUUUGUUUUGUUUUGCAGGCCUUGUCUUGUUCCAAGUAUAGCAUAUUAUUGUUAUUAUUAUCAUUAUUUUUGCUUUAUACACGAUGAUGAUGAUGAUGAUGUGACUCUUUUAACUACUCUGGGGAGGGAGAGAAAGGGCAGGGAUUGAAGUAGUAGAGGGACCUUUUUAUUUUUUGUGGGGUGGGAAACUGGUUUUAAAAAGGGUUUAUUUGUUUUAUUAUUUGGUGUGAUGGCUUUGUGUCCCCCCCCCCUUUUAAAGAAUUUUUUUAAAAAAGCACAGCAAAAUCACACACAAACACACAAAAAGAAGCCAUAAUAAGUGAGGGAACCUUCCAUUCAUUCAUUCAUUCAUUCAAGAAAAUCAGCCAGUCGGUGGAUGAAGGCUUUUUAACCUAAAUUUGUUUUAAUAUAUAUAUAUAUAUGUUUAUGUAAUAAUGGUACAGUACUAACUUGGUUAAAGAUUAACAGGUACUUUGAUAUCUUAUAAAUAAGCUGAGCGGAGUCCCUUCUGCAAAAGAAAACAGGCUUCUGAAGAAGGCAUGGAGUGUGAAAGAGAAGGAUGUGUUUUCCUUGUUGUUGUUGUUUUGUUUUGUAAGAGCCCCAAUAAGUUUUCAGUUUGUGCUUUACUUUGGUCAAUCUUUUGUGUAUGCCUGGACAGGGGUGUGUGUGUGUGUGUGUGUCCUUCACUCAUCAGUUACACAUUUGUGAGGUUUAUUUUUUUCAAAUCCUAUUACGACUCUUGUUUCAUGUUUGUAUGGAGAAACUGUAGCUAAAAUAUUUCAUGGUCUCCAGUUUGCAAAAGAAGCACAAUUCUAUGGCUUUGUCUUGCUUACAGUCAUUAAAUCAUUACUUUUGCAUA